AUGACAGAGUACUCAUCUCGUUUGCUGCAGAUCAGUCACUUUGCUACCUGUGCCUGUCUCAGUAACAGAAAGGACUUUCCCAGCUUCUUCAGGACAAUUCCCAGUGAUUAUUACCAAAGCAGAGCAAUGGCAAAGCUUGUGAAGCACUUUGGAUGGACCUGGGUUGGGGCCAUUAGAAGUAACAACGAUUAUGGCAACAAUGGAAUGACUACCUUUAUACAAGCUGCUCAGCAGGAGGGGAUCUGUAUUGAAUAUUCAGAAGCCAUUUACAGAACUGAUCCGAGGGAGAAAUUCCUUGAUGUUGUAGACAUAGUUAAGAAAUCAACAUCAAAAGUAAUUGUUGCUUUUGUUGCAGAUAAUGAAAUGGAUCUACUAGUUAAAGAAUUAAUCAUUCAGAAUGUCACAGGCUUCCAGUGGGUGGGCAGUGAGGCAUGGAUUACAGACAAGAACCUUGCAAGGGCAGGCUAUACAGUCCUGGGUGGGGCUAUUGGGUUUGCAAUUCCAAAUGCAGACAUACCAGGACUGAAAGAAUUUAUUCUAAAUGCUCGUCCAUCAACCACACCUGGAAACACAGGUUUGAAUGAGUUUUGGGAGGACAUUUUUAAUUGUAGUUUUAUAUCUGUGAAGGCAAGUGUUAAGGAGUGCACAGGAAAAGAGAAUUUGAGAGAAAUAAAUAACCAAUUUGCUGAUGUAACUGAACAAAGGAUAUUGAAUAAUGUGUAUAAAGCAGUGUAUGCAGUAGCUCAUUCACUACACAAUCUGAUGAAAUGCCAAAUGGAACAAAAAUUCUCUAAAAGAGAAAUGUGUGCAAAUCAAAAUAAAACAGAACCUUGGCAGGUUUUACAUUACUUGAGAAAAGUUAAUUUUACAACUAAGAAUGAUGAGAAUGUAUAUUUUGAUGAAAAUGGAGAUCCAGUGGCACGGUAUUCAUUAGUAAACUGGCAGCUGAAAAAAGAUGGACUCACAUUUGAAAUUAUUGGUCUGUAUGAUGCCUCUUUACCAGAAGGACAGCAGUUUAAGAUGAAUGUAAACUAUAUAAAACUGAAUCAAAGUAAUGUACUAUAGGUAACAAAGUCAGUGUGCAGUGAGAGCUGCCUUCAAGGGACUCGUAAGGCCAUUGAGAAAGGGAAGCCAGUCUGCUGCUUUGUCUGCAUCCCCUGUGCAGAGGGAGAGUUCAGUAACACUACAGAUUCACCUGAUUGUUAUAGGUGCCCCUUGGAAUACAUAUCUAAUGAACAAAGGAAUCAAUGUUUAUUGAAAACCUUUGAAUUUUUGUCAUUUGGAGAAUUAAUGGGAAUAUUUUUAGUAACAUUUUCAGCUUUUGGUUCUUGCUUAACCAUAGCUGUAGCUUUUAUUUUUUUCCGAUACAGAUUUACUCCAAUAGUAAGAGCCAAUAACUCUGAACUGAGUUUUCUUCUGCUCUUUUCAUUGACUCUGUGUUUCCUCUGUUCACUUACUUUCAUUGGCCAGCCCUCUGACUGGUCCUGUAUGUUGCGCCACACAGCAUUUGGGAUCACAUUUGUCCUGUGCAUCUCUUGUGUUCUGGGGAAAACAAUAGUGGUGUUAAUGGCCUUUAGGGCUACACUGCCAGGCAAUAACAUUAUGAAAUGGUUUGGACCAAGGCAGCAGCGAUUAAGUGUUCUUGCUUUAACUUUCAUACAGGUAUUGAUUUGUGUAUUUUGGUUGACAAAAACACCACCUUCUCCUAAAAAGAACAUGAGCUACUACAGAGAAAAGAUAAUUUUGGAAUGUGAUUUAGGAUCACUAGCAGGAUUCAUUGCUGUGUUAGGAUAUAUAGGAUUCCUCUCUGCCAUGUGCUUUGUGCUCUCUUUCCUGGCUCGGAAGCUGCCUGAUAACUUCAAUGAAGCCAAAUUCAUUACAUUCAGCAUGCUCAUAUUCUGUGCAGUCUGGAUUACCUUUAUCCCAGCCUAUAUCAGCUCUCCUGGGAAGUUCACAGUGGCUGUGGAAAUAUUUGCAAUUUUAGCAUCAAGUUAUGGGUUGCUUUUCUGUAUUUUUAUGCCAAAAUGUUAUAUAAUUUUACUAAAACCUGAAAAAAAUACAAAAAAACUUUUGAUGGGAAAAAAUAAAACUUCUUUAUUCACAUCAUAA